UCUUUUCAGACUAUUAUAAAUCAGAUUUUAGAAAUACUUAAUAUUCAAAGAAGCGUGUAAAGCCCUGCUUUGUAUUUUUUUUAUUUUGUUAGUUUUUCUAGUUAAUUUGAGACAAUGCCAGGUAUCCAAAGAACAGGACCUGUGAAAAAUAAACGGGGAUCAAAUACUCAGUCCCAGCCAGCUAAGGUAGCUGCUACAAAGCUUGCCAAAGCUUCCACCAAAAAAAAGGAUGAAGAUGAUGGGACUGAGAUGGGUGAUGGGACAGAUGAAUGGAUGCAAAGAAAGACAUUGAUCAAGCCACCAGACCAAUUAGAUCUCACUGAAGCUGAGCUGAAAGAGGAGUUCACAAGGAUUCUGACUGCAAACAACCCUCAUGCUCCAGAGAAUAUCGUCCGAUACAGCUUUAAAGAGCUUUUAUAUCAAAGGACUGGCAGUAUUGACCAGCUGGCCACCCACUUCAUGCUGGAAGGCAACUUGCUGCAUCAGGACUCUGAUGAAGCACGCCGACAGAAGGCUAGGCAGGGUUACCCAGAAGGUAUGGUACCCAUUGCAACAGAGGCUAAAGAAGAAAAGCCUGACACUCUGCAAGCCGAGGUGGAGGAGGUGAUGGAGGAGGGAGGAUCUGAGGACAGGUCAGACAGUGUGCAGCAUAAGGGUGGCAAGCCAGAGCAGAAGCAGACUAACCAGUUCAACUUCAUUGAGAGAGGAUCAAAGACCCUGAACAACCCCCUGAGGCAAAUGGGAUGCCAAACAGAACCACCUCCUCGAGCAAAUUUUUCAGCCACAGCCAAUCAAUGGGUCAUAUAUGACGCGUAUGUGGAAGAGUUGCAGAAGCAGGAGAACAACAAGGAGAAACAGAGGGCCUCCAUGAAGAAGGAGGAGGGGAAGAGCAAGAAAAAAACGAUGCUAGUGGAGACUCAGAGUGACGAUAUCACCAAAUUUAGAAAAGUGACUAAAAUUGUUGAACGGAUGGUAAUCCAAAACACAUUUGAUGACAUUGCACAGGAUUUUAAAUAUUUUGAAGACGCCUCUGAUGAAUUCCGACAACAGGAAGGCACUUUACUACCGCUCUGGAAAUUUCAGUACGAUAAAGUGAAAGGGCUGGCUGUGACCUCUCUCUGCUGGAAUCAACGGUACAAAGACCUGUUUGGUGUAGGCCUAGGGUCUUAUGACUUUACCAAGCAGGGCCACGGGAUGCUGCUCUUCUACUCGCUCAAGAACUCUACCUUCCCUGAGUAUUUUUACACCACGUCAUCAGGAAUCAUGUGCUUGGAUAUCCAUCCAAACCUGUCCCAUUUAGUGGCAGUUGGCUUCUACAAUGGCUGUGUGGCUGUCUACAACCUGAAGGAGAAAAGCAUUCAACCCCUAUACACGAGUACUGCAAUGUCUGGAAUGCUCACGCAACCUGUGUGGCAGGUGAAAUGGCAGAAGGACGACAUGGACAACAAUCACAAUUUCUUUUCUGUUUCCUCAGACGGCCGUGUCGUGUCCUGGACACUUGUCAAGAAUGAAAUGGUCUUCACCGACAUUGUAAAGCUCGCAGUGGGAGAUUCAGUGACGGGAGGGUUGGAGGGGCUGCAGUUGCCUAACCCAGCAUGUGGUACUUCAUUUGAUUUCCAUAAAGAAGUUGAUUAUCUCUUUUUGGUUGGUACAGAAGAAGGGAAAAUUUACAAGUGUUCCAAAGCUUACUCCAGUCAGUUCCUGGACACCUACGAUGGACAUCACAUGGCUGUAGAUGCAGUGCGCUGGAACCACUUCCACCCCAAAGUCUUCAUCUCCUGCAGUGCUGACUGGACCAUUAAGAUCUGGGACCAUACAGUCAGGACACCCAUGUUUACCUUUGACCUGAACUCUGCAGUGGGGGAUGUGGCAUGGUCCCCCUACUCUUCCACAGUAUUUGCUGCUGUUACUACUGAUGGCAAGGUGCAUGUUUUUGAUUUGAAUAUUAACAAGUAUGAGGCCAUCUGCCACCAACCUGUAGUUGCAAAGAAGACCAAGCUAACACACAUAGAGUUCCACCCCGUCUACCCCAUCAUCAUUGUGGGCGAUGACCGAGGCUGUGUGACCAGUCUCAAGCUUUCUCCAAACCUCCGCAAGAAACCCAAGGAGAAAAAGCGACAAGAGCUGCCUGAGGGUCCAGAGGUGGAAAUUGCCAAGAUGGAAAAGCUGCUGAAUUUACUACAAGACCCAGACAACAGCUCCCUGGGCUGAAUGACACCUAGAGGAGUGUGAAACAGCA